CUCGUGCGUGCGCGCGUGGUGCGCGCGGAUCCGGAGCUCUCGCGGAUGCGCGAGCGUAGCAUGUUCGCGUUCAGGCCGUGUGGAGUAAGAGCGCUGAGGUGAAGGUUGGAAAGGAGAGCGAGCGUCGACAUUUGGGGAGUCCAACGUCAAUGGGAGGAGGACUGAUCUGGAAUCGCUGUCGAGAAAUAUGUGGAUAAAACGGUGUAUAGCGCGCAGUUCCAUGGCUGCUUUAAAGCCUUCAGGCCUGCUGGGAUGCAGAAUGUGGAUCCUCUUCGCCCUCGUCCACCUCACUAUGGAUCUGUCCCUGUGUGCUCCAGUGGGACAGGGCCUGCCGCUCAAGUUGCUGCCUCGAUCAGCGCCCCGCAUGCGGCCCCGCCCCCCACCUACCCGGGACGCACCCAGCGCCCAGCACUGGAGGACUCUGGGCUCUUGGCAACGGAGUGUCCCGCCUCCUCCUGUCCCAUCACCUGGGUACAGAGGAGGAGCAGGAUUAUGGGGGUUGGGGUCCAAAUCGCGGUCGCAGAGGCAAAGACGUCAGCUUUGCGAAGGGUGCAGUUCUAAAUCACGCCCCUCAGAGGGUGGGGAGUCUCUGGAGUUCUUGGAGGGGAGUAAAGCCGAUAUCUUGCGGCAUUUGUUGCGCUCACGGAGGCAGCUGAAAUGGGAUAGCUAUGACAAUUCACAGGAAGGGAGGACCACCACGGUGGCCGGAUUUAUCGACUGGGGUCCAACAGGGACGGACGAGGGUGUGGAUGAUGAGGUUAAAGUGAUCCCCAACACCACAGCCACCACAAAAGCCUCCACCACCACCACAACAACUACCAUCACCACCACCACCACACGCAGCCCCCAAAGGACUUACGCGGUGGUCACUACCCCCCAUCCCCGGAGGCUGAGCACCACACAGCCUACGAUUAACCUCGGGGUGACCGUCAAACCACAGAAGCCAUUUGGGGACACACCAGGUCUGGCAGUACAUCAGAUCAUCACUAUCACUGUUUCCCUCAUAAUGGUCAUCGCAGCCUUGAUAACAACACUAGUCCUUAAAAACUGCUGUGCACAGUCGGGGAAUGGCCGCCACACUAGCCACCAGAGGAAGAUCAACCAGCAGGAAGAGAGCUGUCAGAACCUGACCGAUUUCACGCCGGCCCGCGUGCCCAGCAAGGUGGACAUCUUCACCGCCUACAACGACAGUUUACAGUGUUCUCACGAGUGUGUGCGCACCGCUGUGCCAGUCUACACGGAUGAGAUGAUCCAACACACACCCAUUUACAAGACCACGUAUAACGGGAAUAGACCAUCGCCAACUGAAAGGCAGCUAAUCCCCGUGGCCUUUGUAUCUGAGAAAUGGUUCGAGAUCUCCUGCUGAGGGCCUUUUACUACCUGUGGGUCGCUGCAGCUUCCUCAAUUUGGACCCUGGAUCCCAUUGGACAAAAACUCCAGUUCACGCGAUAAGGAAAUAACAAUACAAAACAAAACAAAGGCAAAACAUGACAAAGACCCAAGCAAUUGCAGACAGAAGAGCAGGAACGAACACGCAGCUUUUGUACAAAUGGUGGAUCUCCCUGGACACGGAGCGAAGAUGUUUAUUUUUCUAAGCUGAUCGCAAAGAGAGCAGUGCUACGGUUGCCACUCCAGAUUAUUUUCCAUAGACUUCUGGUCAUUUAGAGAUGAUACAGUAUACUUAGAGUAAAUAUAUUAUAUACAUAUAUUACUGUAUGUGUGGAUGUGUUGGGGAAGAUCACUGCUGCAGACGUUUUGGAGAGAUCUUUUCUGAUGGGGGCUGCUUUUGGUGAAAAAGGGGGGUGAACAGACUUUUCAGAACUAUGUGCCAAUAACGCCAAUAUGUGCCACUUUAUGUACAGAUGGGACGCGUCUGAGAGUUGGUUGAAAACUACAGACAACACGACGAGUCAUUUCUGUGACGGUAUUCUAUAUCAACCCAUUCCUUUUUUUUUUGUAUAGAAAGUACAAAUAUGUAUUUGAAAUAUGUUUUGAAAUAGUUGAACAAAAAAAAUGUGUUGCAGACAUCCAAAAAUAUUUAUAAGGAGCACUAUU